AGAGAAAAUGAGGGACAGACUUCAAGAACUAAAGCAGCGAACAAAAGAAAUCGAACUCUCUGGAGACAGGUACAUGUUCACCACAGAGGCAGAAGAACAAGGUGAAUUUUUGCAGCAAGCGGUUAUUUAUGAAAGAGAACCUGUAGUUGAGAGGCAGCUAUAUGAGAUACAAAAAUUACAGGAGAAUAUUAACAAUUUAAGAGAUGAAGUUCAAAAUUUUGGACAGCAACAAAAAAGUUUAGUGGCUUCAAUGAGAAGGUUUAGUCUACUUAAGAGAGAAUCUAGUAUUACAAAGGAUAUAAAAAUCCAAGCAGAACACAUUAAAAGAGAUUUGGAUCAUUUAAUAAAAGAAAUUAAAAAGUCUGAGGAUGAAAAUGGCCCAUCAUCAGUAGUCACAAGGAUACUUAAAUCUCAUCAUGCCGCCAUGUUCCAUCAUUUUCAGCAAACUAUGUUUAUAUACAAUGACACAAUAGCAGCAAAGCAAGAGAAGUGCAAGAAAUUUAUUUUCCGGCAGCUUGAAGUGGCUGGAAAAGAGGUAUCUGAAGAAGAUGUAAAUGAUAUGCUUCACCAAGGAAAAUGGGAAAUUUUCAAUGAAAGUUUACUUACAGAAGUCACCAUUACUAAAGCACAACUCUCAGAGAUUGAGCAGAGACACAAGGAACUAGUCAAUUUAGAGAACCAAAUAAAGGAUUUAAGAGAUCUUUUCAGUCAGAUAUCUCUUUUAGUAGAGGAGCAAGGAGAAAGCAUCAACAAUAUCGAAAUGAUAGUGAACAGUACAAAAGAAUAUGUUAACACUACUAAAGAGAAAUUUGGACUGGCUGUAAAAUACAAGAAACAAAAUCCUUGCAGAGUAUUGUGUUGUUGGUGCUGUCCAUGCUGUAGCUCAAAAUAAAGAA